AUGUCAGUAGGAACUAAUCUAUCUAAGCUAAAUACCAAUAUUACCCAGUUUGGAACACAGUGUGUGUCUGAUACACAGUUGAUAAGCAUUGUAGAAAAUGUUGAAAAAAUAGUACCACCGAAAGAUGAAAAAUAUAAUGAAACAAUAACUGAAGAUAUUAAAAACGGUUUGCAAGCGAAUAGCUUCGGCAUUAGACAAGUUCAAGAUGAUUCUGAAAGACAUAGCACAGGCGACAACCCAAGCAUUGCUGCAUCCAAGCAAUGUAAUACUUUAAAUAAAAGUAAUAAGAAGGAGAUAUCAGACCAAAUUAAAUUAGAAGAUCAGAAUAUCAUAAAGGAAUUUGAAAAUGAUUUGAUAGAUUUUGAUAUCUAUAGAAUUGAUAGUGCAAUAAACUUUAAAAGCAAUGAAAACAAGCGUCAGUCGAAAUAUGAUGCAAAUCCAGUUGAUGAAAAGUUUUUCCCAAAUCAGCAUUUGGACAAAGAGUUGCACAACGUCGAGAGGCCUGCUCUAAGAAAGUUACUAGAGAAGGAUGAUGUUUCCACGAAAACAAUGAUUUUACGCGUUAUACAAAUUUACACGGAUGCUGUCCCUAUGACUAGUGUGACUGAAACGAGUGACGUUGAAUUGCUUUUGACGGACGGUUGGUACUGCGUCAAAGCGUGUUUGGACCAGAUGCUGGUGAAACUCGUCCGUAACCAGAAAAUUACCGUUGGUACCAAACUCGCCAUACACGGCGCAGAACUGUUAAACUGCGAUCAGGGACUAGCGCCGUGGGAGGACACCUCGCGCGUGCGCUUAAAAAUCUUCGGCAAUUCGACGCGACGCGCUCGUUGGGAUGCGCGCCUCGGAUGGCAUGGCGCGGGCGCCAUCUUAACGCGCCUGUCAAAUGUCCAGCUGAAUGGCGGGAAAGUAUCGAAAUUGCGCGCCAUUGUCACACGAGUGUAUCCGACGCUUUAUGUCGAGAAAUUCGAGGAUGGGAGCACGGUCACUCGUUCUGAGCGCUUGGAACAUCUUUACCAAAUGAAAUACGAGUCAGAGAGGCACGCGUUAUUGGAGAAGAUGUAUGAGGAAGUGGAGAAAGAGUUCACCAAUCAGGAGUCUCAGGAUUCCGAAUGUGAUUCUGAACUUAUGAGGAGUAUAAACAACGGAUCGCAGAUUUACAAAAUGAUGCGACAGAGUAGGGAUCCCGGGGAAUACAGAGCAAACCUGACCAAGUCGCAGUGUGUUAUGCUGCAAGAUUACUCAAGCAGACGUAGAGAGAAGCUGCUUCAGACAGUUCAGUCCCGAGUUGAGGAGAGAUUGAAAACGACCGGUCUACAUACGGGCAGAAAUGUGGUACCCGUAAUGAAAAUUAGAUUGGCUGACAUCAGUGAUAGCGGUGAAAUCUCUAAAGCAAUGAUGUCAGUGUGGAGACCCAGUGACGCCGUGCAAGAUAUUAUCAAAGAGGGAGUAUGGAUUGAUAUGUUCAACAUUGUUCCAACGGCUUUGAGACUCUCCGAACUACAGUUCUCCGCAGGGAGGCAGACCAUUUUCAGCAGGUCGAACUACAAGGAAAGUAGUAAAACUGAACACAUUACUUCACAACUCAAAAGGACUUGUUGCAGUAUUAAGGAUUUAGUUAAGAACCCAGUGAUGAGCACAUACUGCAACGAAGUGGACUUAGUCGGACUUGUUUUUCUGGUUGAUCCCUCUAUGGCUGACUUCGAAUCCAUUAAGGGGCAGCUGUUUCAAAACGUUUAUCUGACGGACGCGGAGAAGAAUAUCGUGUGUGUAAACUUUUGGGGUGGACUGAAGAAAUUCGGUUACGAGAACAUCCUCGACACGGGUCAGGUUCUGGCGUGCAUGAAUUUGCAAAAAAGGGCGGGAAACUCUAGAAAGAGCAUACCGCAGUUUCGCGCCACAGAAUUCUCCCAUUUCACAAAAACGCCCAAAAUGUUAAACUUGCGGCAAGUCGUUGAGGAUUUAAAUAGAACUCUAUCCAGUAUUAAUAUUAAAAAGUUAACCGAAGAGUGUGUAUCUAAGAAGAAUCAUUAUUCAAUAUUAAAGUAUAGUGACGGCGAGAACAUAUCACCGUACAGAAUUAAUUAUAGCGACUACAGCGUAUCGAGACAUAAGGCGUACAUAGAUUCGCCGUUAACACGGAAACGGAAUUAUAUGGAUGACGUUUUGAAUCUUAGCGGGUUGGACUUUGAAUCGACCUUCAAACAAACUGACACGCAAGACAUGGCGCCCAGUACACUGCUGAGAAAAAAGAAAGUGAACGAAAAAAUUGCUAAAUUGAAAAUGUAUGGCGAGCCCCCACCCAUAAUCCCAAUACAUAUUAUAAAUCAAUCUAAUAAUGCAGCUAGGGCUUUUAAAAAUCCGCUAUCUUCGAAAAACAGCGUUUCGACCAAUGUUUAUAGUGAAACAUUUAAAGAACAAGCAACUUGUUCUAUCCCACAUGAUAAUUCUAGUCCUAAGUUAUGUUUUAAGAACUCUAUAAAAAGAAACAGUGGCAAUCCUGUUAAGUUAAACUUUUCUAAUGCUCUAUCUACGGACGACGUUAAGGAAAGCAAAGUUGGUGAUCCAUUUGCAGAAGAAUUUGAUGUUAGUCCGCCUUUAAGUCUAGAU